AUGCCAACCAAAAGCAAAAAGCAGUCUACCUUGGGUCAACAAAGUAUACUCGCUUAUCUUGGCAUUGAUGGAAGUAAAGCCAACAACGACAAGCCCAAACAACAUCACAACAAGCACAUAUCAAGGCAAAAUUCGAUAUUGAGUGCCACUAAUAACGAUGAUGGGUUUGGUGAUGAUUCAAGCUAUGAUACGUCAAUUGACACAAGCAUGGAAAUGCUGAAUUUCAAAAAUCCGACAUUGGAAAGCGCGGUUUUACAACACAGGGCCAAUCAGUCUUUGUCAUCGCAAAGAACCCUAAAAAUCCUUGGGGAGUCGAACUUGGUCAACACCACUCAAAGCGGGAAAGAUAACCUCAAAAGAACAAACAGCGAUAUACUAAGCACUUUUGAGGGUGGCCAAGCCAAAAAAGUUGCAAAGCUUACAAAUUUUAAAUCGCCAACAAUUUCCCAAACAGAGGGAACCCAAUUGAGUACAGAGCAAAAGCUGGUUAUUGAUUCAGUUCUUGCUGGAUGUAAUGUCUUUUAUACUGGGAGUGCAGGUACUGGUAAGUCAGUGGUACUUCGUGAGUUGGUAAGGAUCCUUAAAAGCAAGUAUGGAGAUAAUAUGGGUGUAACUGCACCAACUGGAAUGGCUGCUUGUAAUAUUCAAGGUCAAACCAUUUUCAAGUUUUUAGAGAUUGGUCUUGCCUUUAAAUCUGCGCCGGAUCUUGCAAACAUGAUUAGAAAAAAUCACCACAAGUUGAGUAAAUGGACAAGAUUGAGAGUUUUGAUCAUCGAUGAGGUAUCAAUGAUUGAUGGGGCGCUAUUUGACAAAUUGGAGAAUGUUGCUCGAUUGGUAAGAAAAUCUGACAAACCUUUUGGGGGGAUCCAAAUCGUAUGUACUGGGGAUUUUUAUCAAUUGCCACCAGUUGCUGUGAAUCGAACUGCCCAAUUUUGUUUUCAGUCAAAAUCAUGGUCUAAAGUUAUUAACAAAAACAUUGUUUUGAAACAGAUUUUCAGACAAAAGGGGGAUCACGAUCUUAUUGAAAUGUUGAAUGCACUUAGAACAGGGGAGUUGGGUGAUGCGAUUGUUGCUAAAUUUAAAGACCUUUCGCGAACAGUACAUUAUGACGAUGGGAUUGAGCCGACCCAGUUGUUUCCAACCAGGAAAGAGGUGCACUCGGCCAACAGUGACCGAUUAAAAAAACUAUCCUCAAAAGCUUACGAAUUCAUGGCCAAAGACAGUCACAAAGGUGAACAUGUUAAAAAACAAUACGACCAACUUCUAUGUGAGGAAACUUUAGUCUUGAAGGAAGGUGCUCAGGUGAUGAACAUCAAAAACAUCAAUGACCAUUUGGUCAACGGAACACUUGGUACUGUUAUGUUUUUCACCACAUUGAAACUCUACUUGAAGAUACUAGACAUAUAUGGUGCAAUUGAAGCAAUGGACUCGCAGAUGUUGAAAGAAGUCAAAUUCAUUACUUCGCGUAUUGGUUCAGUAAAAAGUUGGACAGAUGAUGACAGAUUGGUGUUUCAACAAGUUCCGGACGAAAGAAAGACUCAUUUUGAGCUGCUUGUGCAGAUGGCUGUCCUAGAAACAACAGCCAAUAUCUUACCAGUUGUUCUUUUCAAAUUGAAUGGUUAUGACGAAGCUGUACUCGUUGAUAGACAAGAGUUUACUGUUGAAACCGGACACGAAAAUAGAGCGGAUGGUAAUCCAUAUAGAGCUCAAUUACCCUUGUUGCUUUCAUGGGCAAUGUCUAUUCACAAAGCACAGGGUCAGACCCUUCCUCGUGUGAAAAUAGAUUUAAACAGAGUAUUUGAGAAUGGACAUGCAUAUGUGGCUAUAUCCCGAGCUGUGAGUAGGGAGACUUUGCAAGUAAAACAUUUCAGCAUAGGGAAAGUAAAAGCAUCACCUAUUGUGAAGCAGUUCUAUCAACAUCUAGAAAAGUAG